GAUGAAACAGGUGCCUAUUUAAUAGACAGAGACCCGACCUACUUUGGGCCAGUGCUGAACUAUCUCAGACAUGGGAAACUGGUUAUUAACAAGGACCUAGCUGAGGAAGGUGUACUGGAAGAGGCUGAAUUCUACAAUAUCACAUCACUAAUAAAACUGGUAAAGGACAAAAUAAGAGAAAGAGACAGCAAAAUCUCGCAGGUGCCAGUCAAACAUGUGUACAGGGUGCUGCAGUGCCAGGAAGAGGAACUCACUCAAAUGGUUUCCACAAUGUCCGAUGGCUGGAAAUUUGAACAGCUGGUCAGUAUUGGUUCUUCCUAUAACUAUGGCAAUGAAGAUCAGGCUGAAUUUCUGUGUGUUGUCUCAAAGGAAUUGCAUAACACUCCCUAUGGCACAACCAGUGAACCCAGUGAAAAAGCAAAGGUAAUCAGAGACAGAGGC